GCCAGUUAGCACGAGUGUUAGCACUCCGCGUCAACUGUCGGCAUAUCGCCCAGCGUACGCGCAUCUCGGCGGCAGCGCCAUAAUCCGCGAAAAUCAACACACCUUCUCAAUUUAAAAAUGUUUUGCAAAUUGCAAUAAGUUUUCGUGACACGAAAGGACUGUGGACCAAUAUUUUUUUUUCUAUUUUAUCCUGUUUUCUGUCAUUAAUUAAAUUCAACAAAAAUGGUCAGUGGAAAUAAGGACCCCAGCAAACCCGAGAAGAUACCACCACAAAAUCGCGAAAAGAAAACCAACAACUACAAGAGAGCAAAUCCACUAUCUAAAAUAUGGUUCGUCUGGAUGUUACCCACCUUCUGGCGAGGAUACAAGCGCGACCUGUACGACUCCGACCUUACCAAGCCGAAAGAUAACCAUCUCUCAGACAAGCUUGGGAACAGACUCGAAAAGAAAUGGCUGGAGGAAAUUGCGUUGGCAAACAAGAAUGGCCGAAAACCGUCGCUCCUGCGUGCCAUGGUUAAAACGUUCUGGAUGAGUUUCGCACCUUCCGGGUUCAUGUUCUUCAUACAAGCCCUGUUACUCAAGCCGUUCCAACCAGUGGCAUUGAGCAUGAUGCUGGCAUACUGGGAGCCAGGCUCGGAUAUGUCGUACGAACAAGCAGUAUACUGUGCAACGGCCGUGAUUCUCAUGUCCGUCUUCAUCGCCUUCUUGAACCACCACGGCACCUACUCUACUCAGCAGUUCGGCAUGAAAGUGCGCAUUGCUGCUUGCUCACUAAUCUAUAGAAAGGUUAUGCGCAUGAGUUCCGGUGCGUUAGCACAAACGACAGCCGGUCAGGUGGUGAACUUGCUCUCGAAUGACGUGAACCGCUUCGACUAUGCGUUCAUCUUCUCCCAUUUCAUUUGGCUGCUGCCGCUACAGGCCAUUCUGGUUUGCUACCUCAUCUACCUCAAGAUCGGAUAUGCUGCUAUUAUCGGUGUCGUUGGCAUCGUUCUUCAAACAAUACCUGUUCAAUCAUACAUGAGCAAAUUGGCGGCAAGGUUACGUAUGAAAACAGCUACUAAAACUGACGAACGAGUGCGAAUUAUGGACGAAAUUAUCAAUGGCAUGCAGGUAAUCAAAAUGUAUGCAUGGGAGAAGCCUUUCGAGCAAGUGGUUGCGAUGGCGAGAAAAAAUGAGAUAAACUGCAUCACCUCCGCGUCUUACCUGCGAGGAGUAUACCUCAGCUUCAUGGUUUUCACCGAGCGUCUUACCCUCUACAUUACUCUUCUGUCUUAUUCUCUCUUCGGCUUCCAAGUUACUGCUGACAUUGCUUUUCCGAUUGCUCAAAUGUUUAACACUCUUCAAGCUUCUUUAGCAAUAAUGAUGCCAAUGAGCCUUGCCCAGCUAAUGGAGUGUUAUUCUUCUAUCCUUCGAAUUCAAGCUCUAAUGUUAUUGGAUGAACGGGAAGAUCUCCGAAGCGUUGCCGACGUCGAUAUUGCAAAACUUGUACAAAGUGUGGAGAACAAAAAGAACAAGAACCUUGAUGAGGUCGAUUUGUGUCGGAAUACUUUCAAGAAGAUUGAUGAAGAAGGCAUCUGUAACCCUGGUUUUGAAUGCAAUGAAAAAGGUCUGAUCAGCCAAGCUCUAAAUGCGCUAACACUAAGCCCUGACGUGGGUAUUCUCAUCCAGGAUGUUUGCGCUCGCUGGACUGAGGACGGACCACUGACCCUUAAGAACAUCAACUUCACUGUGCCUAAAGGCAAACUUUGCGCUGUCAUUGGGUCUGUUGGAUCAGGAAAGAGUUCAAUACUGCAGCUCCUCCUUAAUGAGUUGCGAUCAACAAGCGGUCGUGUGCAGCUCUGUGGACCUUUGUCCUACGCUAGCCAAGAGCCCUGGCUUUUUGUGGCGACAGUUAGACAGAAUAUUCUCUUUGGUCUACCUUACAACUCAAAGAAGUAUAAAGAGGUAGUGAGAGUAUGUGCGCUACAGAAAGACUUCCAACAGUUCCCCCACGGAGACCAAACACUUGUUGGAGAACGAGGAGCCUCACUAUCAGGAGGCCAGCGAGCGCGUAUCAACCUAGCUAGAGCGGUUUAUAGACAGGCAGACGUGUACCUCCUAGAUGAUCCGUUGUCAGCAGUGGACGCUCACGUGGGGCGGCAGCUGUUCGACGAGUGCAUCAACGGGUAUCUGCGGCACACCACCCGCGUUCUGGUGACGCAUCAGUUACAUUACCUGAAGGCGGCUGAUUACAUUGUCAUAAUGAAUAAUGGAGCCAUAGAAGUUAAAGGAACUUUCGAGGAACUACAAACUUCAGCUAAAGACUUCGCCAAACUACUGUCGUCGACUCACGACGAGAACGACAAUAAAGAGGCGGAAAAACCUCCUCCGAUGUCGAGGCGAACUUCAGCUCGCCUCUCGACAACACGUCGGCCAUCCUUGACGGAAUCAAUGUCCGGUUUUGAAGUUCCUGCACAGGAAAUGGAAGAGGAGGAAAGAGAGUCAGGAUCUAUGAGCUGGCGCGUAUAUAGCGCCUAUCUGAAGGCUGGAGGGCGUACACCCAGAAUCGUCUUCAUGGUAUUUCUAUUGAUCGUAGGACAAUUGUCAGCGACGUUUUGCGACUACUGGGUAACUUUCUGGACGAACGAAGUCACACGACAGAAAGAAAGAGAGACCAACAGUACGACCAAAAUAGAUUACGACAGGAUUUUAACGCCAAAGAACUCUACUUUCGACUUCGCUAGCUAUUUCUCUGGAAUCGACCUUAAGCCGGAUUUGGAUAUACACGCACACAUCGGUCCAUUGGACACCUCUCAGUACCUUUACGUAUACUCAGCACUAAUAGUAAGCUGCAUUUUCUUCAUAACGGCGAGGGCGUUUAUGUUCUUCAAAGUUUCGAUGACUGCUUCGAGGAACCUCCACAACGACAUGUUCCACUCAAUGUUACGAGGGGUCAUGCGGUUCUUUGAUACUAACUCUUCAGGUCGUAUCCUCAAUCGUUUCUCAAAGGACAUUGGCGCUCUAGAUGAACUGCUACCUCGAUUCCUUUUGGAAUCUAUCCAGAUCUACCUCGUAAUGUUCAGCAUCCUAGCCCUGAAUGCUGCAGCUCUCGUGUGGACCCUUCUCCCAACAACCAUCAUCUUGCUGCUGUUCUACACUAUCCUGCAAAUCUAUUUAAAAUCUGCUCAAAGCAUAAAACGACUGGAAGGCACAACCAAAAGUCCCGUGUUCUCUCACAUGUCGGCAACUCUGAACGGCAUCAGCACAAUACGCUCCUCCGGAGCACAACAGAGGUUAAUCAAGGAGUUCGAUAGAUUCCAGGAUAUUCACACUUCAACAUGGAGUAGCUACCUUGCCAGCGGAGUUACACUGGGAUUUUGGCUUGACUUCAUUUGCGUGCUGUAUUUGAGUAUCGUCAUUGUUGCCUUCCUCGUUAUUGACAGCAAAACAAUAUUCUCCGGCAACGUAGGCCUUGCAAUUUCGCAGACCCUCAUCCUAACAGGUAUGCUGCAGUUCGGAGUCCGCCAAACCGCUGAGGUCAUCUCGCAGAUGACCAGCGUCGAACGUAUCCUGCAAUACACUCAUAUUGAGCGGGAACCACAGUGGGACAAGGGAGCCAAGGAGACGCCCAAAGAUUGGCCCUGGCAAGGAACUAUUGAAUUCCGUAACUGCUACAUGAAAUACACCCCUGAAGAUUUGCCUGUUCUUAAAAACUUGAAUCUCAUCAUCAAUAGUGGAUGGAAGGUGGGAAUAGUGGGUCGAACCGGUGCUGGGAAAUCUUCUCUUAUUUCUUCUCUGUUUCGACUAGCUAUAGUCGAAGGAGAGGUCAUCAUUGACGGCGUUGACACUUCCGAGCUAGCGUUACAGGAUCUGCGAUCGAAAAUAUCAAUAAUCCCACAAGAGCCGGUACUGUUCUCGGCGACUGUUCGCUACAACCUAGAUCCAUUCAACGAAUAUGACGACGACCGACUUUGGCAAGCCCUUGAAGCCGCUGACUUGAAAGCAGCUGUUCCGGCGUUGGACUUCAAAGUAUCGGAAGGUGGCAGCAACUUUUCCUUAGGACAACGGCAACUGGUGUGCCUUGCCAGAGCCAUUCUCCGCGGCAACCGUAUUCUUGUCCUUGAUGAGGCCACCGCUAAUGUCGAUCCGAAAACCGACGAGUUCAUCCAAAAAACGAUAAGAAAACGCUUCGCAGACUGCACUGUACUAACAGUAGCACAUCGCUUAAACACCAUCAUGGAUUCAGAUCGCGUCAUGGUGAUGGACUCAGGGCGGCUAGUUGAGUUCGAUCACCCUUACAAACUACUCAGUAACUCAGAAGGAUACUUCACAAAAAUGGUGAAAGAAACCAGUGAUAAAAUGUCAGCACAACUUUUUCAAAUCGCGAAAGACACGUAUAUCAAUAACGGUGGCGUCAUAGAAUGAAAGGAAUGUAAAAGGAAGUCUUAAUUUUUAAUUCUUUACCUACGUCCUGUAUAUUUUAUUUGUAUAAGUAUUUACCUAAUAGCAGAUACUUUUUAGCUAGCAUAGUUAUUAUAUACAUAUAUAUUUUGGCAAUGCCUUGUUGUACUUUGUCGAAGCACAAAAUGAAUACUCGGCGAUGGAAUUCAAGAUCAAAAAAGUAAACAGUAGUGUUGCCUUUACAAAACAAUAUUUUAAAAAUCGUGCAAAUGUGAAAACGUCUAAACAAAAAUGCAUACUAUUUUACUUAAAUUAAAUAUACCUGUAUUAACGAACCCGUAUAAACAAUUUGUUAAAUUCCAUGGCCGUAUACAUGGUUUCUUAGUCGUGUCUAUGCAAAAGUACUAUGUUAUACAAGGUUAAGAGAGUUUGUCAAUUUAAUUAUUAAGAAAUUACGUAAAUUACGUUAAAUCCUUUCAUUUCAUUCAAAUUAACUUAGGUGAUUGUUAAGGAAUAUAAUAGAUGUUAAUAUUACGUAUGUUAUUUUUAUGAUCCAUCACACAAUAGAAUUAAGUUAUUAACGUAAUCCAAUGCUGACUGAUGAGUUUUUGAUUGUGUAAGAA